UCAUGUUUGACGUAUGGCGGGAAUUUCUUUAAUAUCAUCAUAGGUGGACAUUGAAAAUCUCAAAUACGUUUAAUUUCUUAGUUAGCAAUGGCGUGAACAAGCUAAUUUCAGGCAUUGUUUAUCAUUGUUGUGUUAAUUUGCGAUAAGCACAAUAGUAUCGUUAACUGGCAGGCCUAGCUACUUUGGAUUGUUUAUCGUGAGCAUGUUAAUUAACGUUAGUGGCAGUAAGUUAACUGCUAGCAGCUAACUCAUUCACAGUCAACGUUAGCUAGCACUGCGAGCUGUCAAUUUGCUAACUUUACGUAGAGUUGGCCCGGCUACUUUCAGUUGGAAAUACAUUAAUUCUGCAGCGGGAAUUGAUUCCGGAGAACAACUAUCGCAAUGUGGAACAAAGUGGAACUUCUAAUCAAUGAUGAUACAAACACUGUUCGUUUGGGAAAUGGCUCAGCGCAACUUGGUGACGGCGCUUUGUACCAAGUUGACACAUUGGUAAAACUGUCCUCAUCAGAAAACGCUGUGUCCAAUCCAAAACUAUGUGGCUCUAUGACUUCCACCAGCUGCAUCGUCGUCUGUGACACAUCUGUGGUCCUGUUUGAUUCAAGUUUUCAAACCGUGUUACUCCAUCUGUACUUUGACACGUCGGUAGAUGCUGUAUGCUCAGAGGGCAGUUUUUUGCUGGUUGGCGAGAGAAAUGGAAAUCUCCAUCUCAUUUAUGUUCCUCAACAAAAGAUUGUCAUGACAAAGGCGUUGCAGCAGUCUCCUUCCAAUGGUGAGGAGUCUACCUAUAAGAGUCUCAUUCUUCAAGAGAUCUCUGAUUCCCCAGGGACGUUCCUACUCAUCCUCUCUGUUCAGGAUGGAGUCUUGGUCAUGUCUGGCCUUGACUUGGGAAAGGCCCAGAAAGCCAUUGACAACAUGGACAUAAAGACCCUGAAUGAGCUCCAGGGUCUCAUCAGAAUGGAUUUCUGCUCCACUAAAGAGAUUCAUGAUGGAGGCUGUACAACUGCAGUGAUGGCUGACCUGGACAACAGACUGCAGCUCCUUAUUGGGGGGGAAGGAGGCAAUUCUUUGUCUCAGUGGGAGAUGGAUCAAAGUCAGUUCUCUCUGUCCUCCACCACUGCUUUGGAUUCCACCUUAACACCAGGAGUUAGGAAGAUUCAAGUGUUGGGUAAUGUAAUAUAUGUCUUGGAUGAAAAGAACAUGCUGAGCGUGUGGGAUGUGCACUCGCUGGUCAUGCUAUGCUGCUGGCCUGAUCUUGCCAUCCAAGACUUUCUUCUCAUGACUGAGGGGGAUUCCGCAUCCAUCACAUCGCAAGAGAGCACGAAGAUGAAAAUUAUUACCCUAGGCACCAUAGAUGAUAAACAGAUGAGAAGGCUUAUGGUGCAUUCACUGCCCUGCAUGGAGAUUGUGUAUUCUCUGGAGGUCCCUGGGGUUUGUUGCCUGGUCCAGAGUGGCAUGAGCAUGGACACAAUUUAUCUGUUGGAGGGGAUUGUGGAACACCAAGAGAGUCCUGACGGUGGGGUGUCGGCCAUAGUAAUGAGAUGCUUCACGGAGGCCUUACCGGAGAACAGAUUCAACAGACUCCUUUACAAACGUAAGUUUGAAGAAGCUGAGCAGUUUGCCUUAACCUUUGGACUGGACGUUGAGCUGGUGUACAAAGUGAAGCUUGAUGCUAUUGGGGGGAAACUGGCCUGUCAUCCAUAUGGCCAGCAGGACUUGGCUAAAUGGUCUGAUCUAAUAGAGGAGGCAAAGACCAACCUGAUGAAGAUUACGGAUGAGCAGUAUGUGGUCCAGUACUGUCUGACCGCUCUGUGGCCCACCAUCGAUGCAGCAGAGGAGAUGCUGAGCUAUGCCGCAACCCGUUUCCCAUCGGUGGAAAUCCAAAUGGCGCUCGCUAAACUGGCAACCUUCUGCAGUCUCCACGGCCCUGACAACUUUAAGGGUGCAUUGUGGAUUGAGUUCCUCAACAGUGAUGACUACCUGAGGUACAUCUUUGGCCUCUUAAGGUCUGGGAGCAUCAGUGCUGCGCAGCAUCUGUGGCUCCGACAUGAGGGUGAGUUUGUCCAGCAGUUUGAUGAGGACACGCUCCAGUGUCUGCUGGGUUCAAUCCCCCUGACGGUCCCGUCCAUGGAGCUCUGUCCCUGGUUCAAAGCCGUCCUUGCCCCGUUUGUGUGGAGGGUUCUCCCAAAGAGCCAGAAAAUAUUGGCAAGGUGGUUGGAGCAAAGGGCCAGGAACCUGGAGUUGACAGAGAAGAAUGACUGGCCACACAAUGGACUAAAGAUGGCUGAGCUCGGUCUCCCCUCCUCCAUGUCAAUGCCUCUGGAGGAGGACAGUGGUGUGGAGGAGAUGGAGCUUCUUAAAGCUCUGGUGGUCAACCUGCGUCACCUGUGUGACCUCUAUGUCAAAUACAACUGCAAGCUCACGCUGUCUGAGUUUGAGAUGAGUAACACGCGCAGCAUGGCCUUCUUGAUGCUGGAUAAGGUCCUGGCCCCAGAGCUCAUUUCCUCAGUCAUUGAGAACAGCGUGCGGCCCUAUGCUUUGGAACAGAACCUGGACCUCAACAUGACGCUGCUGCUCUACAUUAAGGACCUGUCAGACUCUUGCAGUUCACAGGCGACAACUAUCUUUUCAGAGUGGGAGGACAAAGCAGUGGCUAUUCUGCGGUGUAUGACCAACACAGACCUGGUGAUGGAUGCUGUUCUGGACAUCAUGUUCAAAGCUGUGGUGCCGUGGAAUGAGACGGUGGAGUGUCUGGUUCAGCAGUACCUGGAGAAGGAGCACCCCAAACAGGAGCUCCUGAAGGAAAGCUAUCGUUGCAUGGAGACAAAGAAGCUCCUGAGCCACUAUGGUGUUCGUAACCUCUCCCACUCAACUGACAUUAUGAUGCUGGUGAGGCACAUUCUGAGACAGAACCUCUCCACGUCUCUGGAGGAUGCCCUGUGCUUGGCCAAGGCGUACCAGCUCAACCCCUCCCAGAUUCACUACCUCUACAUCCUCCAGCUCCUUGACAACGACAAGAUGGAUGAGAUUAUGGCACUGUUAAAACGAAUGGGCCCUGUGGAGGCUAAAGUGACAAUUCAUCGCCUUUCCAGCUGGGCAGCAAUAUUCCUCACAGACAAAGAGCACAUUUCGGAGGAGCAUAAGAGAAAGAAGAUGCUGGUCACAAAGAUGGCAGUGGAGGCACUAAGCUACUUGCGGAGUAUCCAGACAACGGAAAACUCAGCUAUGCAAAUGGAAUGUCUAGAUGACCUCCAGAGAUUCAUGACCAUUGCUCACCUCCAGGAGGACUUUGACGUCUUCCUCACACCAGAUGAGUUGGAUGACCCCAAGGUGCGCAAGCUGUUUGAAGAGCAGGUGUGCAAGGCCUACGAGAACACGAAAGGCGUGAAGCGGUUCGCCUCCUCCAGCCGUGCUGAGGACGCGGCCAGGCCCUCUCAGGACCCUGGGGUCAACAGUCUGUCCAGCACCGCCACCUUCUCCGAGGCCGGCCUGUGCCGCCUGGCACGCCGCCUGCAGCUCACUGAGCAGGAGCUGUGGACUGGCAUGGCACACCGAGCCCUGGAGGCCGGCAAAGUGGAGAAGGCUCUCAAGAUCCUCAGAGAGCUCUACCAGCAGCAUCCAAACUCUGACACGGGCAUGGUUCUCUUCCGGGCAGCCCAGCGCCUGUGCCAGAAUCUAGGGGAUGAUGUUCCCAUGAUCCUUCCUGAGAGGUUCAACCUGCCAGCAGUCAUUCAUCAGCUUGCCUGCCAAGCCGUGGCUGUCUGUGGCUCAGACUUGCUGCUUGACUGUAUGGAGCUUAGCAAAAACACACAGAGAGCUGCAGAUUUGUAUUGCCAGUGUCAAAUUGAUGACGACUAUGGCCUUGUAGCUAAGAGUCCCAAGCCUGAUGGUGAACAGGAAGCUCGUCUGGAGUUGGUGUUGAACGACUUCUUCAGUGAAGAUGGGAUAGUCCUUGACCCUGUCACUGCCCUGCCUCUUCAGUACAAGAUCUCCACCUGCCUCAUGCCUCUCUUUUCUGAUUCUAAAAUGUAUCCUCUGGAAACAUUCUCUCUGGCCUAUUGUACUCUAAAUGGGGAUGAAGACCUCUUGGGGCCCUUGCUGAGCCCCCUGGUCAGCAUGCUACAGGUCCUUCAGGAGUGCAGUCAGCUGGAGCUGGGCCUGGGCCUCCUGCUGGACUCCUACAUGACCAUCCUCCACCACGUGGCCUCCUACACCACCACCGCCGUCUCUGGUGACAAGGACCAUGGGGAGAAGUGGCGUGUCAAGGUGAAGGAGCGCAUCGCCUUCGUGAGGCAGACGGCAUUCUCAGCUCUUAAUGUGAUUGUCGUGUCACUGUUACAGAAGGUUCUGAAGUGGAAGUUAGUAGACUUUGAAUUGGCCAUUGGGCUGUGCACCAUCCUGGCAAAAGCUGAGGUUUUGGCCAUAUUGUGGAAGAUCAUCUCCAGUGCCUGGCAGAACUAUGAUAAGAUCACGGAAGUUGCCAAAGUUGGAGCACAUAUCUGCUGCAUAUAUGAAGAUGAGGUGGAGAGACAGAAGUUCCUGGCAGUGAUCACUGAUGCAGAGUGGGGCGGCAGACUUGGAAAGUUGGGUGUGUCCAUCCAGUCUGUGUUCAGGCAGUGUCCUGAGACCAAGAGGAACCUUAUUCCAGUUCUGGUUAAGAACAGAAACAUCACCCCUGACAUCAUACUGCAGUACUGCAGCACAUACAGACUGGAUGGGGAGCAGGCCAUCAACCUGCUGAUCACCACCCUGCUGCUGCAGGAGGACGCGGAGGCGGAGCAGGCCGGGGCAGGAGACGCGAGGGCAGGAGACGCGAGGGCAGGAGACGCGAGGGCAGGAGACGCGAGGGCAGACGGGGCUCCUCUUGACCCUCUGGAGCGGGCUCUGCAGGUCAUCCCACAGCUCCACUCCACCAGAGACAUCUUCGUCAGUCUCGAUGCGGUCAUCCCUAAGCUCAGCCCAUACAACUAUGAGAAGAUUGAGAGGAUUCUGAACACGCUAGAGGCAGCCAAUGAGUGCACCAGCCUCUUCCCUCUCAGCCAGAUGACCGGCCUGCUGCAUCACCUUAAGUCAUACCGCCGCAUCUCCCCUCCCACUGACCUGGAGAGCACCUACCUGUUUGAGAACUCCUUUGAGCUCACGCCUCUGGCCAACACACGGCUUCCCUUCCACAUGUUGCUUGAGACCAAUCACUUCUUCUGGAAGAUCAUCUCACCAGAGCUAAGUGAAGAAACCCUCCCCACUUUGUUGCUAAUAUGCAAACUGAUGAAGGUCAGCGUGGAUAAGUUGUACAUGCUGGUGGUGAAUCAUGUCUUUGAGAAGAGGCUGAAACCGAUGAUCAUAGAAAGGGCCAAGAGAGGGCAUUGCCAUACCCAGAAUGAUGAAACCGAUGUAGUGGUGAAAGCCAUCUUUGAUUAUACUCUCUGCAUCCAAAAUCUGGAGCUGGCAGCUGCCACCGUCCAUAAAAUUGCCCAAGAGCUCCCAGCAGGAACGGAGAAGACGGCAUUUUUAAAAUUCUGCUUGGAACUUGGGCACAAAUUGCUGAAAUCACCGAGUCUUGAGGAGGAGGUGCGUGUGCGAGGAGAGACCAUCAUCUCAAAGAUGCAGCAUCAGUAUCAGCGCUCGGCCAUCGAGAACAUGGUGAUGUCCAGCCAGCUGAGCUCUCCUGAGCUACUGAAGCUCACCGGGCAGCCCGGCCGCCUCAUCGUGGCCCUGUUUGAGCACAGCAGUGUGGAAGAGUGCAUGAGGAACCCAGCUGGACAGAGCUGUCCUGAUAUUCAUGCCAUUGUUAAAGAGAUUGCCACCAUCAGUGGAAUUGAUCUUCUGAAGGUCCGGAAUUUUCUGCUGGAAAAAUGGCUCUGUAAAAUUGAAUCCUCUACACAAAAGGAGCACGACCACCAGUACUCUGUCACAGACAUCCAGAGUGACCCAGACAUGAUGAGAGUGGUCUAUCUGCUGCGCAUGUACCCCAUGGACAUGGGUGCUCGAUUGCUGUGCCCCGUCCUGACCGCUGAGUCCUGGCCUCUAGGGGGCGCGGGGUCACGCCUGACCUUCGAGCAUCGGAGUCGCGCCCUGUAUUGCCUCAGUCACAUCGCUGAUGGGGCCACACUCGAAAGCCUCCUGCAGAUCCCCAAAAACAAAGUCAAGCAGUACACCCAGUGCUAUGUUUACCUCUCUCAACUGGAGAAGCUGAAUAUCCCCUACACCCUGGAGCUGUUCCUCAAAAAACCCAAGGAGGGCAUGAUCAAAGGCUUGUGGAAGAAUCACAGUCAUGAGCCUAAGGCUGUCCGUCUGGUGGCUGAUCUUUCUCUCGAGUACCAAAUGUAUGACCCUCAGCUGUGGAACGGCAUCCUGCAGAAACUGGUGAUGUUUAACAUGACCAGCUACUUACAGAAACUAUUGGAGACUAUUGGAACUAUCCCUUGUCUUUGGGAGGUUCCCAGUCUGCUGAGGACAUGGAGGAAUGUUAUUCUCACCCCUUUCAUGAACGCCUCAGUGCCCUUGAACCCCGAGCAGCAGGCCACCUUCUACAAGACAUUCCUGCUCAUCCUCAAGUGCCCGUUUCUGUUGAACCUUGAUCUGAUUGGUGUUGCCAAGCGCUUUGCUCAGUGCAGUAUGCCAGCCUACUCAUUGGGCACUCUCCUGCUCAUCCCAUGUGCCAAGAAGAGAGAGCAGCAGAUUCAGGGUUUCAUGGUGUCUUGUGAUCCAGUUCUGAUCUUGGAUCAGGUGAAGACACACAUGUGCACUGGAGAGUUGGCUGGAGUCCCCUCCCUGGUUAUGGGUACCGUGUUCACACACUUGUGCCAAAAACAGCAGUAUGACAAAUUGAUCAAGACUGAGCAUUUUAAUGACUUCAAGCAACACUUAAUCACAAAAUGCCCUCCUAACCAGGUCAAGGACUUGGUUGACUACCUUGUCAGCUGUAAGAGGAAACAGGAUGCCAUCAGCCUAGCUAAGGUUUAUCUGAAGUCCAUGGAGCACAAAGUUGGGAAACAAGUGUCACAACCUGAUCCUGUCAAGGAGUACAUGGAGAGGACUGUGGACUCACUGGGAGGACCGAAAGACAUGUAAACAUUAUAUUAUAUUUCUUCUCUAUUAUAUUAUCUUUGUCAUUUGCACUUUUGUCAUAUUAAAGCUGUUUACCCAGUUA